AUGGGCAUGCGUGAACGAGGCGAGAUUGAGGGGAGUGGGGAGGAGGAACAGGAGGAUGGGGAGACGAUGGAGUGGGUGGGGCUGACGGAUGUCUCAGAGGCUGCAUCACAGCAAGGAGAUGAGAAGAAGCAGUUUCUCGAAUCAAAGCCUCCCCAGGAGAGCGACACCAUGCUCAUCGCCAAGCUUGCCGGCUUGACUGUCACCUCUGCGUAUCUGGUCAAGUACGGCGAGCUUUUCCUCUCCCUUCCCUUCCAGGCCAACGCAGUCGCCGCCAUCGCCAUGGCAAGUUUCUUGCCCAAGGCGUGA